AUGUAUUCGAAUGUGCAUUCUUUGCACUUGUAUUUUGUUGCAUCCCAAGGCUUUGACUUGCCAGAUUACUUUGAGUUAAUGACUGUGGAUGAUGUGCCAGUCUUCUACUAUAACAGUAAUAUGAAAGGUGCAAUACCAGUCCCUGAAUGGCUAAGCAGCACAACGGCAAUUAAAUUCUGGGAUUUCUCGACUUACACAGCGGAAAUUGACAAUCUCAAAAUAGUAAAAGGUCUGAAAUCAGCCGCACAGCAGUUUAAUGUCACAGGUGCUUCUAAAAACAUUUAUCAGGCCCACGGUCGCUGUGACCUCCGUCCUGACGGAACUGCACAAGCCUUUUUAACUCAUGCAUUUAAUGGCAAGGACUUCAUAAGCCUUGAUAUUGAGAGUAAAACAUUUAUAGCCACGGUGCCUCAAGCAGUCCUCUAUAAGAGACUGAGGGAGAGGGAUCAAGCCAACCUUGAAUUAGUUGUCUAUUUUUACCAUACAACCUGUGUUGAAGGAAUUAAGGAAUUCCUCCAACAUGCUCCCAGCCUAUGCAUCAAGAAAGUUCCAGAGCUCAGGCUAUUUGAGAAGAAAAACUCUGCCUUCACAGAAAUCACAUGUCAUGUGACUGGGUUCUACCCACGAACAGUGCAGGUUCAGUGGUUUGGGUCAGACAUGCAGCCUGUGGUUGAGGGGGUUAUUGAAGGUGAAGUGUUACCAAAUGGAGAUGGUUCUUAUCAGAUAAGAAAGAGUGUUGUGAUACCAGCAGAACACACAGACAUACAUCACUACAGCUGCGUGGUCCAACAUAGCAGCAUACCUGGAAAUAUCACCAAAGCCUGGGUUGGUAAAAAGGACUCAUCUGUCAUGUUUGCUGUGGUAAUACCUGUUGUUGCGGGGUUUUUGGUAAUAAUUGGAUUUGGACUGAUGUUCUGGUGCUGUAACCGCAGAGAAGCCAUGGGGACCAGCAGGAAAACAUUCACGGCUGAAGUGCUCUUGGGCAAGGCUACUGGUGUGUAA